UUUCUUUUGCCUGUGAAUAUUAUAUGAGUCCAGGUUGCAAAAAGAAAUUGGAAAAAGGAAAAAGAAAAAGAAUAACUGUAACUAAUUUUGGUCAGUGGAGCCAUCAGCAUUCACCACCACAACAUUGACCCCACAGAACAGAUAGGCACAUAAUCCUGCGGAUUGGGUCCACCACGUGUCAUCAUCCCGUCUAUCCAACUCCGUUCGUGUGAUAGGCAAAUAACCGUAGAUUUCCCGCAUCCAAACUAUUACGCCCUUCACUGUUCUCAAAUCACAGUAUAUAAAUAAGCAGUUUAUCCCCUCCUUUUCACCGUCUUAUUACUCACCACUACUUGCAUACCUCCUUCCCCUUCCUUCUUCUUUUAAAACACCUUUCUAUACAUAUAUAUCUAUCUAUUAUUAUUUUGUUUUGUUUUGUUUUUGAUCAUGGCAACCUUCCAUAAAAAGGAACUCGAUGAAGAUGAUGACAGAAACAACAACGCCGCUUCACCUACAAAGUCGGUUACUCCAAAGGAAGAGCCUGAAUUAGAGGACGCAUCACCUGCUCCAUUAGGAGUCAUGCCGGUCGCCGUCCACGUCCCGGCAGCCAUCAGGAUGCCGUUAACUACGGUUCCACCGAAAAGAGCGUCCACUAAAGACCGACACACGAAAGUAGAGGGCAGGGGCAGAAGGAUCCGAAUGCCGGCAACAUGUGCUGCUAGGAUCUUUCAACUCACAAGAGAACUUGGUCAUAAAUCAGAUGGAGAGACCAUUAGGUGGCUACUUGAACACGCAGAGCCAGCGAUAAUCGCGGCCACCGGUACCGGUACUGUUCCUGCUAUUGCCAUGUCAGUUAAUGGGACCCUUAAAAUCCCUACAACCUCCAACACAAGCUCCGAACCAAACGAUCCUAAUUCAGUUAAAAAGAAGCGUAAACGACCUGCUAAUAGCGAGUACAUUGACAUAACCGACACCGUUUCAGUCUCUGCACCUCUCGCUCCUAUAACAACACAGCAACCUCAAGCGGUGGCUGUACCGCAACAAGCAGUAGUUCCUCAGGGUUUAGUUCCUAUGUGGGCCAUACCAUCGAACGCUGUCGUUCCGGGUGCUUUUUUCAUGGUGCCACCUAUGGCUGCAGCUGGACCUUCAAAUCAGCCUCAAAUAUUCGCGUUUCAAGCUGCAGCUACGCCUCUAGUUAAUAUUUCAGCGAGGCCAAUAUCGUCUUUCGUGUCGUCCAUGCAACAAGCUGCUAAUAUAGCAGUUGCUGUGCCUGUUUCGGGCUCAAGUGCUGUUUCAACUUCUAAACCUGCAAAAGCCACGUCAGUUAUGGCGCCAACUUCAAGUUCUGCUCCUAUUAGUUCUAAUACCACCACUAGUACAACAACAACAACAACACAGAUGCUUAGAGACUUUUCCUUGGAGAUUUACGAUAAACAAGAGCUCCAGUUUAUGACUCGAUCUUCGAAGCAUUAACUCGCUCUUGCCUCUUUUUAUUCAUUGGUGACUUGUUAUUAAUCCUUUGGUGUAUGUAUCCGCCAUUAACAAGUUCAUUUUGAGCUCGAAAUUUUGCCUUGGUAAAUGUGCGGAAGAUAGCAGCACGUGCUCACGUGAGGGCUGGAAAUUUGAAGGUGUGCACGUGUGAAGUGGGGACGGAUUAGGCGGACGGAGAGCGGGUCCCACCAUUUGUGGUGGGUCAAAAUUCAGACCAUAUAUUGCAAAGGUAGACUCGGCUCCGUGGACCGUGCAAAUGCAAAAAAGAGUAGAAAUUUUUCAAAAAAAGGGUGGGGCAGCCACAUCGCUCUGUCAUGUGAUGGGGCGCGGGCCCCAAAGUUAAAGUGGGGACCCAGGGGGACCGUCUUUGGGGGCAUUGUUUCCAAGGCAGCCGCGUGGUGGUCCCUAUCGGGUUGGUUCGGUGGUCCGAUCAAAGAGCAGAUCAGUCGGCUGGAGAUGGGGACACGUGUACGGUGCUUAAUUGUAUAAGGUGGGGUCGUCCCUUUCGUGAUCUGACACGUGGGGUCCUUGUUCUUUUUGACAUUGAGUGGGGCUUAGCUUUACUUGCUUUGUUAAAAGAAAACGUGAGCUUGAUGUUGGCAUCGGAUGCCAAAUCUUUACUUGGUUUCUAAUACUUGAGUGGGGGGGUUGCAAACGAAUGUAAAUGCACCCUGGAACAUGCUAAAGUUUUCCUCCUCACUUGAGUUUUCAUUAGUCAAUUAAAUCUCAAUAUCUCCUCUCAAUUAACAUUAUCUUUGCUUAA